AUGGAUGGAAAGGUAAUUGAUCCUGAACAAAAAGAAAAGCUUGUAGAAAUCCUUCAAUUACUUAUUAAUGCUGGUUAUUUUCGUGCAAAAAUUCAAGGGCUAGAUAUUUUUGAUAAGGCAGGAUUUUAUUUUAUUAAAUUCUUUUUUUUUAAUUUAAAGAUUAUUGGAGGAAUGGUUUGGUGUAUUUCACUUUGUGCUGGAAAUGUUGAAGUUGAUUUACUUUAUUCAGAAAAUUCAACUAUUGGCCAAAAAAUUACUUUGACUGAGAAGAUAGUUAAAGUUCUUCCAGAAAUUAAAUGCCCUUAUUCUUUAGAACCUCACCAAAUCCAAGGAUUGGAUGCUUUUCAUAUUCAUCCAGUUAUUGUGUGGCUCGUAAAGGAGGCUGGUUAUGUUCGGGAAAGGCUAGGUGAUGAAACUUUAAAUUUUGCUGUUUAUCAAUUUGAGCAACAAGGAUGGACAUUGGGAGAUGAAUUGAAUGAAAUUUGUGGUUCAGGUGUUUUGCCUUUAGUUAAAAAAUCUCGAAAAGUUUAUAGAAGAGUUAUUCGAAUGCAAUAUCCAACAGAAACAAAUUUAAAGACGAUAAUAGAUUCAGACAUUUCUAAAAAAUUUAGUGAAGAUGAACAAAUAAAUAAAGAAUUGGAAGAAGAGGAUUUGUUGAUAAUUCAAGAAAGUGAUGAGAAAAGCGGAAUAACUUAUUCUAGCGAGAGAGGAGAACAAAUGAUAGACAACAAAUAUCAAAAAGAUAUGAGAGAAGAAGAAACAAAAGAUGAUUUGGAGGAAGAAUUUAAAAAGUUGGAACUUGAAGAGAAUUGUGUAAAUACUCAAAUAGAGGCAGCUGAAAUGCUUGUAGUUAAAUUACAAAAUGAAUUAAAAAUAAUAGAAGAACAGAAUAUUACCAAAGAAAUUCAAUCAAAACCAAAAGAAAUAUUUGAAGAAAUGAAAACUUUAUUGUCUGAAAGAGAUGAAUUAAAAGCAGUUGAACGUUCUUUUAAAUUUCAAUGUAGAGAAGAAUUAUCUAAAUUAGAACAAAAAAUAGAAGAAAUUGAGGGAAAUAAUGAAGAAUCUUUAAAUGAAGAAAAUAAAAAUGGAAAAAAUUUAAAAGAAAAGAAGGGAGAAAUACUUUAUUUAGAAAUUGCUUCUUUAAAUAAAGAAAUUGCAAAGUUGGCACGUCAAGUAGGAGCAAAACCUUCACAAGCAGAAAUGGCACAAUACCAAAGAAGAUUUGUUGAAUUGUGCAAUCAAAUGGUUACUAAACAUCAUGAAACUAAACGGCAAUACACUCAAUAUAACACUUUGGUGGAUGUUAGAACUUUUAUGAGACAAGAAAUUGAUUUACUGGAUAGCAUUGAUAGACAACGAGAUUUAGCUCAGAGAGAAGAAUAUAUUGAUUCUUUAUUGGAAAAUCUUCAAAAAAUAGCAAAAGGAAUUGACGAAAUUUUAGAUAAAAAACUUUUCAAAAAACGUUCUAUUCAAGAGCAAAGAGAUCAAUUACAAGAACAAUUGCAAUCAUUACUAGACAAACAAAGACUUUAUACAAAAACAUUGGCUGAAUUCCAACAGGAAUGUCAAAGGAAUGAAUUUCUUAGACGAAAACUUGAAUAG